CAAAACUUAAAACUCAGUUGAAGCUGUCAGUGCAGUGUUUCUAGUGUCACAGAAAAUGGGUGUCUUUGUUGCGACGAUAGAUUAUUGAGGCUGAUAAGAUGAUACGUUGAAUUUAAAAAAUAAAUUUAAUUGUCGAUUGCAUAACCAAAUUUGAGCGGUUGUUUUUGCUCCCAAUCGUCAUAGACGAAGCUGUCUUUGAGGUUAGGAAAAGUGUCAAAAAUCUAAAUAAACGGAAAUCUUAGCUGUAUCAUCUCGAGUUUGCAUGACUUAUUAUUAGUAAUGUUCCAUUGUCACUCCAUGUGACAACAAUAUUGGGAAUCGCUGAAAAUAUAUCAAUCAUGACUUCCAUGUUUGACCAAUAUGAAAGGGCGUCUCAACGCUUGAAGCAAACAUCCACUGUCCCGAUGCGACCGGACAUUAGUACAGCAGGCUUUAUCCAGAUGAAACUUCAGGAAGAUGGACCAAUUUUCAGGAAGCAGCAAGUCAAUUUUGCACCUAGUGAUAGAAUUUGUCAUUUAGUAGUCAGCAGCAAUUUCAUAGUGAUUGCCAUGGCGAACAAUAUUAUUUUGAGAAUUGAUAUGAAAAAUCCGGAUAAACCGGAAGAAAUAGAUAUUUCAAAGUAUACCACAGGCAUGAAGAUGUCCAAUUUGUUCUUGGAUCCAAUGGGAAAUCAUUUACUGAUAGCUCUUUUGCCUCGAAAUGAUGAAAAUCCUCCUGCUGAUUUGUUUUAUUUACAUAGGAAAACAACGAAACUAAAGCAGGCUGGGAAAUUUCGAGGUCAUAAAAUCACUGCGGUGGGAUGGAAUUUCGCAAAUACGUCCGAGACAGUUUCAGGGCCUAUUUUACUAGGAACUUCAAAGGGCUUGAUUUUCGAGACGGAAAUCGGUCUGGACGGCGACAAAAUUUUCAACACGAGCCUGGAGCAGUAUUGGAAACAGCUACCCAAUUAUUUGCCACUUUAUGGCAGUAAGGAGGUAGACGGACUGGUAUUCGAUAUAGGCGAGAACAGCAAACCUCCGAUAACUGGGAUAGAGUUUCACAGAAUGCCGAAUUCUGAUAAAUACGUAAUUAUUGUGACCACCCUCAUCCGAAUUUAUCAGUACAUUGGAACAGUCACGAAUCCCAAUGAAAAACCUUUGCUGCAACAGAUUUUCAGCAAAUAUCUCAAUGUAAAAGAGCGUUUCAACCAAUUAGAGAGUUCGUUACCGUACUCGAAGAUGCAAUUUUAUUAUUCAACUCCAAAAACCCUGCCAAAAACCUUUGGUUGGUUAACGGAAACUGGGAUCAUGUAUUCGGAGAUUGAUCCGAAGGUCGACCCUGAGAACAUUUUAGUAAAUCAACAGAUGCUGAUAUGCCCAGAAACCAGUUUGGUCGGAAGUACCGUGGAAAAACCAAUCGUUCCUCUCAACUUUGUUCUUACGGAAUUUCAUGCUUUGUUGCUCUACAAUGAUCACGUUAAAGGAAUCUCGUUAUUGAACCAAGAACUCAUAUUUGAGGAUAUUUACAAUGACCUAUUUGGAAAAUUGGUUAAUAUUACAAAAGAUCCAAUUACUGGUUCCAUUUGGGCAUACAGCGAACGAGCCGUCUUUAAAUAUAAGGUCACAAAGGAGGAUAGAAACGUAUGGCAGGUAUACGUGGAAAAAGGAGAAUUCGAACUGGCCAAGCAAUAUUGCAAAGGGAAUCCUGCCCAUAUUGAUCAGGUCCUCGUCAAACAGGCUGAAAUGUUGUUUAAAAAUAACGAAUACGAGAAAAGCGCGAUGAUAUACGCGGAUACUCAUUCGUCGUUCGAAGAGAUAUCGCUGAAGUUCCUCCAGGAAUCACAGAUCGAGGCACUGAAAACUUUCUUGAGAAAGAAACUCGAGGGAUUAAAGCCACAAGAUAAAACUCAAGUAACGAUGAUCGUCGUGUGGGUCGUUGAGCUGUUUUUAAGUCAAUUGGGCUCGUUGCGAAGUAGUCAAAUAUCAUAUCUUCACAAUCCACGAUAUACGGAGCUGCAGAAGCAAUUCGAUAGUUUUCUCAGCAUACCGAAAGUUGAGGAAUGUAUCAAACGAAAUUUGAGCAAAAUUCAUGAUCUGAUGGCUAGCCAUGGUGAUAAAGAAAAUCUGAUAAAAUUGACGAUAAUGCAUCGGAAUUAUGAAGAAGUUGUUCGUCAACAUCUCUAUAAAAAUAAUUAUCUCGAGGCCCUUGAAGUGCUCAAGAGUCAGGCAAACAAAGAUUUGUUUUAUCAAUUCGUUGGAGUACUUCUGCAGGAAUUGCCAAAACCUACUAUCGCUGCUGUAAUUUCCCAAGGCUCGCACUUACAACCGUCGAGACUUUUGCCGGCUUUGGUUUCGUGCAACAGCGACGAAAAGCAUGCGAAGGAAGUUAUACGAUAUCUGGAAUUUUGCGUUUACAAGCAAGGAUGUUCCGAGCAAGCGAUACACAAUUUUUUACUCUCCUUGUACGCGACAUACAAGAAGGACGAAGUUAUGCGUUACAUCGGUUCUCAGGGUCAAGAUAUAACGAUGGUUCAUUACGAUGUACAUUAUGCUUUGAGAUUGUGUCAGGAAGCCGGUUUGACCGAGGCUUGUGUACAAUUAUCAGCUUUGUUAGGACUGUGGACAACGGCCGUUGAUCUGGCACUAACCGUUAGCGUGGAUUUGGCGAAACAGAUAGCCGGCACACCGUCCCACAAUGACAACGAACUCAAGAAGAAGCUAUGGCUGAAAAUAGCUGAACACGUCGUACGGGAACGCGAUGACAUUCAACAAGCCAUGGAAUUCCUUCAAAGUUGCGAUUUGGUUAGAAUCGAGGACAUUUUGCCAUUUUUCUCGGACUUCGUAACCAUCGAUCAUUUCAAGGAUGCUAUCUGCAACUCCUUGCAGGAAUAUAACCAACACAUUCAAGAUCUUAAGGAAGAAAUGGAAGAAGCGACGAAAGCCGCGAAACUCAUAAGGAAAGAAAUUCAAGCUUUUCGCACGAGAUGUAGCUUCAUCCACGUCAGAGACACGUGCAAUGCUUGUGACGUGCAAUUGCUCCUGAGACCGUUCUACGUAUUCCCAUGUGGUCACAAACUUCACAGUGAUUGUCUCGUAGCCGCUUUAACACCGAUGAUGUCGAAUGAACAACAGAACAGAUUGGCCCAACUUCAAUCCCAAUUAAUGGCUGUCUCGAAAAAACCAGAAGAACCAUCCAUAGGCGGUUCAACCUCGCUUGCGACCAAGGAACAAAUAAAAGCUGAUAUAGACGAGCUUGUCGCCUCCGAGUGUUUGUACUGUGGAGAUCUCAUGAUAGAAUCCAUCGACAAACCUUUUAUCGAGGAGGAAAAUUACGAAAGAGUCAUGGCCGAGUGGGCUUGAAGCGACUUCAUUAUGAGAAUAUCUUUAACAUUCUUAUGUACAUAAAUAAUUUGUAUAAUACAGAAAAGUAUUGAAGAAAGAUAUAUAAAUCCUAACGAAUCUAUAUUCCCGAUUUGUAUAAAAGAGCCAAAAUAAUUAGGCCUUGGAAUUUU